AUGGCUGAAUGGAAUUUGACAACUGCACAGCAAGAAAUGCUUGCCAAAUGUCAGAACAAGCUGACAGAAGACAAGGGCCAAGAGCAACCUACUGCAUCUCAGACUCCAAUGACUACAUCUGGAUCCAGCUCUUAUAUUGCUAAAGAAAAAUUUGUCAACCAUAAUCAGAAGAUUGAUGACACUGAAUUAGAUGUCAAGGCACAAUUCCCUGAAGGUGAUGUGUCCCAUUUGGAGGGUCAUCCAGAGGUUGAAGAUAGUUUUACGACUGUCAGAAAGUCUUCUAAGCAUAACAAACAGAAAGAAAGAUCUCAGAGAUUAAAACCAAAGACAAAGAUUCACAAAACAGGCCACUAUGAUGCUCUUGAAGUAGAAGAAACAUCAGAUGAAGGUUCUGAGUCAGAUUUGAAGGCAGAGUCUCAAUCAAAAAAGACACUCUCUAAGACAAAUCAGCUACCAUCUGAUAGCUUCUUGGCUGAUGUGUUAGAUGUUGGCAAAUCAAAGAAGAAGCAGAAGAUCUCAUCUGAGCACAAAAAGAAACUCAAUAAGAAAAAGCUUGAGAAAUGGAAGCAUAAGCAUCAUACUAGUUCCUUUAGCUCUGAAUCAUCAGAGUCUACUUCCAAUGUUGACACUAUCAUCAUCAUACUAGAAGGCAUAGUUCCCAUUGGCAUAAGCAUAGAAGUCAAAAAUGUCACUGCAAAAGAUUGA